CUCCAGCUGCCUAAAAAUCCUUGCUUGACUAUUGAGGUGCCGUAUCAUGGUCAUUGUGUUUGUCAUUGUUUUAUAGUUGUGGUUCAAUGUAGUAAAGGGGAAACCAUUCUGAGUACACCAUCUUUGACUGGCAUUGAUGCAGGAGUUAAGAAAGUUUGACAUUUCUUUUAAGCCAUUGGCUACCAUGAGGUAUAGGGUGCCUAUGGCAAAAAGAUGUUGGAAGGAAAAUGAUUCAGAAAGAAGUUCCCUAUUGGACCUUAUGCCGGUAGGGUGUUUUUUUGGUUAAUUCUUUAGGUUGACUGGACUGGUUUGACCAUUAGUUAUUUAAUUUCGAUCCUCAUUGUCCAUGAGCCACUGAUAAGGGAGCUGCUUCAAAAUCUGAUCUGUACCUCUUAUAAACCAAACCAAACCAAACCAAACGAACCCCAUAAAUCCCACACAGAACAGGGUCGGGGAGGGAAAGCUUACCACCCUCGACCUGCAAAAAGGUUUAGUGAAAAAUAUUUUAUGAAGAUUCUUUGUGCGAGGCUCGAGCCAUUCUGCAAGUUUAUUUAGAAUUUGAAAGAAAUGAAAGAGAUAAAGUAAAGAAAUGAAAUAAAUAAAACAAAAUAAGUUUGGAAGAGUUAAAGAAGAGCUUGAGAUAACUUUGGAAUUGGAAAGAAGGGCUUAGGAAAGUAGAAUAGGUAAACACCAUACACAACAAAAAGAAAAAUUACGGCACACAAGGACAAUAAAGUCAUAACGGAAAGCACGAAACCCCUGAAUGACCUAAGGACGAUGUCUGGCAACCAAAAUAACAAGUGAUCCGAAGUCAUGCGUCUCACAGACCCCCCCUCCUUCCUAUCCUAGGCCUCUUAUACCUAGCUACAAGUAUAAUGUGAUACCUAGAAGACGUGAUCUUUACCGAUUCAUCUUUAGCAUAUUGUGAUUUUGGAUACUCACUGAUUGGUUUCCAUAGGCUUGGGUUUGUUGAUGUACUUAUGUACAAUGCUUGUAUGCACAUGAUAUCAUGCACAAAUGGUUGCAAGGAUGCUUUCAACCAAGAUAGGAUAUUGAGCAAAAUGGGAGAAGGUACUUUUGGACAAGUUUUGGAGUGCCUGGAUAAUGAAAAGAAAGAGCCUGUAGCAAUUAAAAUUGUUCGUUCAAUAAGCAAGUAUCGUGAAGCUGCCAUGAUUGAGAUUGACGUUUUACAGAAGCUUGCCAGACAUGAUGUUGGUGGCUCCCGUUGUGUGCAAAUACGGAAUUGGUUUGACUAUCGUAAUCAUAUAUGUAUUGUUUUUGAGAAGCUUGGUCCAAGCUUAUACGAUUUUCUCCGCAAAAACAACUACCGUUCAUUUCCCAUUGAUCUUGUUCGGGAGUUUGGCAGACAACUUUUGGAAUCUGUAGCAUUUAUGCAUGAUCUUCGCCUUAUACAUACAGAUUUAAAACCAGAAAACAUUCUUCUGGUUUCAUCGGAGUACAUCAAGGUGCCAGAUUAUAAGUUUCUUUCACGAUCCGGAAAAGAUGGUUCUUACUUCAAGAAUUUGCCAAAAACAAGUGCUAUUAAGCUCAUUGAUUUUGGGAGCACUACAUUUGAGCACCAGGAUCACAGCUAUGUUGUAUCAACACGCCAUUACCGUGCCCCAGAGGUUAUACUGGGCCUAGGAUGGAACUAUCCAUGCGAUUUGUGGAGCGUAGGUUGCAUACUCAUUGAACUUUGUUCCGGUGAGGCUCUGUUCCAAACGCAUGAAAACUUGGAACAUCUUGCAAUGAUGGAGAGAGUUUUAGGGCCACUUCCUCAGCAUAUGAUUAUGCGAGCAGACCGUCGGUCUGAAAAGUAUUUUAGAAGGGGUGCACGAUUGGAUUGGCCUGAAGGUGCAACCUCGAGAGAAAGUAUGAGGGCUGUGUGGAAACUUCCACGCCUGCAGAACCUGGUAAUGCAGCAUGUGGAUCACUCUGCCGGAGCCCUGAUCGAUCUUUUGCAGGGGCUGUUACGGUUUGACCCAUCAGAGCGACUGAAAGCUCGGGAAGCUUUACGGCAUCCUUUCUUCACAAGAGAUAUUAGACGAUGUGGGUACCCUUUGUAAUCGGAAAAUUCGACCCACCCUCCUCGUGAGGGUAGCGAGUCUCUUCUGUGCUAUGAAAGAAAAAAAAAGUUAAUAGAAAAGUCGUCCCAUAAAAAUUGAAGCUUUUGAUGACGGUUUUGCGCGAAAUUAUACGUUUGCUUGUGUUUUUUCUUGCUUUGUGUUUGCUUGUUUGAAUGUUUGAUGUAUAUUGGUUUUCUACAUCGUGGGUCAAGUCUCCACAAAGCUUGUCGUCAUGAUUCGAAUGAUUUUUGAUUCCGAAAA